AUGUUACUCAAACCCGCGACACCCCUCACCAUCUUACUGCUAAUCGCAUUCGCCCUCCUCUUGCUGUCAUGCCUCUCCACCCCUAUCGUCAAGGGAAUCCCACUGGCGACAUUUAAGAAUGUCGACUAUGGUGUAUUUGGAUAUUGCCAAGGCGAUCAGUGUACCAAUAUCCAUGUGGGAUACACCGGCAACAAUAUAGAUAGCACCGGCGGCGACUUCAAUCUCCCCUCAAGCACUCGGAAAUCGCUUUCGUCCAUCUUGAUCGUCCAUCCAGUCGCAGCCUUCCUCACUCUGGUCUGCCUCUGUCUUGCCGGCGCCGCUCACUUCCACGGCCCAUCGCACUCGCCGCGCUUCUUGCUUGCCCUCUUGAUCCUACUCUUACCCACCCUUCUAGUGACCCUGCUCGCAUUCCUUGUCGAUGUCUUGCUAUUCGUGCCACACUUGCGAUGGGGAGGUUGGAUUGUCCUGGCGUCGACCAUUCUUCUCGUCUCAUGCGGGGUGGUGACUUGCGCCAUGCGCCGUACCCUAGUCAGUCGCAAGGCACGGAAGCGUCGCAUUGCUGAGAAUGCAGAGAUGAGCGGUGAGAACUACUAUAACCGACAGAAUGCUGCGGCGGCUGCCGUGGCAGCUGCGCCAGUCGCGACCGAAACCAAGGAAGCCAUGGUUUCUGGUUCUCCCACCUCGGAAUCAGGCCCAACAUUUGCCACGUUCCGCACGGAGACGCGUACUAGCGACGAUGACCGGACUCCGCUCAACUCUCGCAACGCCAAUGGCAUGCACGAUGUUCCGCCGCCGGAUGCCCCGUUUCCUAAUCGCCAUGGAUCCCCCUAUCGCUCUCCCCAGGAGGAAGCCGGCGUGCCUCCUGUGGGUCCGUAUGGUAAUCCCCAGAUGAUGCGCAACCCCUCAGAUCCUAGACUCCGCCCCCAGUACUCUGAUGGUAGCAUGGGUUCGCGACGCGGUGGCGCUCCGCCCGGGUUCGGUCCGCGUGGCCGGGGAGGAUACCCUCCUCGAGGCGGUUACGGACGAGGCGGCCCUUACAUGGGACCGCCUCGAGGUCCUCCUGGCGGCCGAGGAGGUUAUAUGGGAGGACCAAUGCCACCGCGCGGCCGUGGGGGCAUGAUGCCCGGUCGUGGAGGACCUCGCGGUGCUCCUGGUUAUUCAGCGGGUCCCAAUCGCAGCUUCGACUCGUACGGCCGACCUAUCGAGGACGCCUAUGAUCAACCCGGAAUGGCGACGGGUGGAGCAAUGCGUGAACCCUCCCCGGGGCCGAUUGGCAUGGCGGUGUCCGCAGAUAACGUGGGCCAGGCCAUCGAAAUGCAGCCCCAAAUGCGCCGUCAUGACCCUUAUGCGUCGGAGCAGUCAAUAGGCCAUGAAUCUAACCCCCACGCGUUAUCUGUCAAUGGAGCCCACGCGCCUCUUGAGAGUCCAACGAGUCUGUACAGCAGUACUGACUCGUACGUUCCUGCCCGUGCUGGAUGGGGUGCACAGGAAUCAGAUCGUCAUCUUGCUUCGCGACCCUCACCAUCCCCUGCCCAUGCUGGUACUGGGAAACAUUCCACCAACUACUAUGAAGACGUGGACCCACGCUUUGCACGUCGCCCUUCACCACAGCCUAACUCGUCGCUUCCUUCUUCUCUCACCCCCGGAGGUGGUCAUUUCUGA